GAUAUGAGAAGGAAAGGGGUGCUGGUUGCCUGGAUGUACAGAAGGCCCGCUCUGGGGCAUAGGAGGAAGAAAUUGGGCGGUAGGAAAGUUGGAUGCAGUGACAAGUGGAAGACCGGGUCUGCACCCAGGGAGAAAACUGGAGGUGUGGGAGGCUGCAAGGACGCGUACAAGACAAAGUCUUGUGUGUGAGAGGAAGAAAACGUGCCGCAGCUGGGACCUGAAUGCAAAGAAGGACGUAAGCUGGAGACUUGGGCGUGUACAGCGAACUCAGGCGGCGGGGACUAGAAGGGAGGCGGAUUGAGAGCGUCCGAGGUCCGCCAGGAGGCGUGGGAGGUGCAGAUGUUGGCAGCCAGUCGGAGGAAGGUUCGCGAGGCCACCCGGAGUGGGGGAAGAAAGAGUGGAGAGACACCCGGGCUGGUUCCCAGUGCCUGCGGUUCAAAGGUCCUGGCACCGGGGAGGAAAGGGGCGGGCCUGGAAACCUGGAAGAAGGGAUCAGCACUUUGGCUGCAGCUCACUUGCACAACGGCCGGCCGCGGGACGUUCUUAGGCCGAGAGCCUGCUGGUCAUAGAGUCACUCAAGGACGUCCAAACGGACAGCUGGGGACACGUCCUCGCCUGUGCAUACGUGGAGAUGGUUCGUGUCCCCUUGACCUUUAUUUGGAAGAAAAUAAACUGCAUUCAGUUGAGACUGCAAGACUGAGAGGACUUGGAGGGAUUAGAAGUUGAUUCACUUGCAAAAGUUUAUUGAAGCCAAAAUGUCCAAAAAAAUCAGUGGUGGUUCUGUGGUAGAGAUGCAAGGAGAUGAAAUGACACGGAUCAUCUGGGAAUUGAUAAAAGAAAAACUCAUUUUUCCCUAUGUGGAACUGGAUCUACAUAGCUAUGAUUUAGGCAUAGAGAAUCGUGAUGCCACCAGCGACCAAGUCACCAAGGAUGCUGCAGAGGCCAUAAAAAAAUACAAUGUAGGGGUCAAGUGUGCGACUAUCACCCCCGAUGAGAAGAGGGUUGAGGAGUUCAAGUUGAAACAAAUGUGGAAAUCACCGAACGGCACCAUCCGAAAUAUUCUAGGUGGCACUGUCUUCAGGGAAGCUAUUAUCUGCAAAAAUAUCCCCCGGCUUGUGAGUGGAUGGGUGAAACCCAUCAUCAUAGGUCGUCACGCUUAUGGGGACCAAUACAGAGCAACCGAUUUUGUUGUUCCUGGGCCUGGAAAAGUAGAGAUAACCUACACACCAAAUGAUGGAACCCAAAAGGUGACAUACUUGGUACAUAACUUUGAAGAUGGUGGUGGUGUUGCCAUGGGUAUGUACAAUCAAGACAAAUCAAUCCAAGAUUUUGCGCACAGUUCUUUCCAAAUGGCUCUGUCUAAGAGUUGGCCUUUGUAUCUGAGCACCAAAAAUACUAUUCUGAAGAAAUAUGAUGGACGUUUUAAAGACAUCUUUCAGGAGAUAUAUGACAAGCAGUACAAAUCCCAAUUUGAAGCCCAGAAGAUCUGGUAUGAACAUAGGCUCAUCGAUGACAUGGUGGCCCAAGCUAUGAAAUCAGAGGGAGGCUUCAUCUGGGCCUGCAAAAACUAUGAUGGUGACGUGCAGUCAGACUCUGUGGCCCAAGGUUAUGGCUCUCUUGGCAUGAUGACCAGUGUGCUGGUUUGUCCAGAUGGCAAAACAGUAGAAGCAGAGGCAGCCCAUGGGACCGUAACCCGUCACUACCGCAUGUACCAGAAAGGACAGGAGACAUCCACUAAUCCCAUUGCUUCCAUUUUUGCCUGGACCAGAGGAUUAGCCCACAGAGCAAAGCUUGAUAACAAUAAAGAACUUGACCUCUUUGCAAAGGCUUUGGAAGAAGUCUGUAUUGAGACCAUUGAGGCUGGCUUCAUGACCAAGGACUUGGCUAUUUGCAUUAAAGGUUUACCUAACGUGCAACGUUCUGACUACUUGAAUACAUUUGAAUUCAUGGACAAACUUGGAGAAAACUUGAAGAUAAAGCUAGCCCAGGCCAAACUUUAA